GCUUAGCCUUUUUUCGGUCCACAACCGGCGUAGAACGCGUUAAAUGGCCGAGUUGAUACACAUGCGUGCCCUACGUGACCACCUCUUGAGCCUGGCGCGACGGCGCUGCUCCACGACGCGCGCACGGCGAGCACUGGAUCGAGCUGGGUUCGCACGGCGGAUUUGACGUCAAGUCUAUUCCGAUCGACGCGUUACCGUGCGCCGUUGGCUCAUUCCAGUGCCGCCGCGCGGCGGAGCGCGGAACAGUGCAGCCGCAGCCGCUUAGGGGCUCGCGGGCGCGGCGGGCGGCGAACAGCUGCCGCCGAGCCACAUCUCACUCCGGCGAGACACAUGCGUGCGCUGGCUCGGGGGCCGUCCGACGCUGCCGCCGCGGUCAACCGCGGCAGCCAGCGGCCGCGGACGGUCGGCGCUCGCUCCUUGGCGAGAGAAACACACUUCGCGCAAAACGCCACGAGAGGCAUGAACGGCACCCACGCAGGUCAGAGGCAGAGCAUGGCCCGCCUCCUCGCCGCGGCGACGCUCGCCGCGACGGCCGGCGCCUUCCUGGCGCCGGCGCCCGUGUCGACCCCUGUUGUUGUGAGGGCCGAGAACUCGGAGGCCUUCCCCUUCCUCAAACGGCCCGAGAAGCUGGAUGGGACCAUGGUCGGCGACGUCGGGUUUGAUCCCCUCCGGUUAGCCGAGGUCCAGGUCGACCUCACGUACGCGCGCGGCGCGGAAGUGAAGCACGGCCGCAUCGCGAUGCUCGCCUGCGUGGGCUUCAUCAUCCAGGAGUACUGGCACAUUCCGGGCGCCGACUACCAGAACUUCAAGCCGCUCACGGCGCCCUGGACGGUGCCGUGGGCCGCGAACCUCCAAAUCUUAAUGUUGGCGGGCGCGAUCGAGCUCGCGACGGCGGACAAGACGUACGGCGAGACGCCGUGGGAUUUAGGAUUUGACCCCCUGUGCUUCCAGGAGGGCAAGUCCAAGGCGGAGAUGGACCGCUUGAUGCUCGGGGAGCUGACGAACGGGCGCUUGGCGAUGAUGGCCUUCGUCGGCAUGGUGAUCCAGACGCUGCUCUUCGACAAGCCGCUCAUGGACAUGCACAUGUAGGUGUAGUUGGUUGGCGUAUAACUAUAUCACACUAGUUG